GCAAGUGAGUAGCAAAAAUGUGGAGGUGAAAAGUUCCUUCCCUGCUGGUUUCUGGCCUGUGCCCAGCACACAAAGUCCCGAGAACGGGAAGUCAUGCUCUGUAACGCGGUCCCAGUAGUACACCAUGGGAGGACCCGAACAAGUCGAUGGGCCUCUCCUGUCUCAGUCUCCCCACUCAUAACUGAUAAGGUUACAGUUCUCUAAGGAUCUUCUAGGUCUGAAAGGCUCCAAAUCCACCACCCAGGGUCAUGAGUCAGUGUGAAGGCAGGCUGAAGGGCAGCCCAGGGUAGGCAAAAGGCUCUCUGGGUGCACAGAGCACACGUGGAUGGGAUUUAUUGGAUCUCUGGUGACCCAAGUCAGAGGUAGGUAUUGGUAUCACAAGCAUCCUGAUUACAAGGACUGUAGGAUAGAUAAUAUUGGUGCUCAGAUAUAGUGAGAAUUUUUCUCUCACCCAUGGUUGCAUGGUCCUCUUGCUUCCUACAGAAAGUUUCCAAAUCCCACCAUCCAUGGAAACCCCCAAUCCUCUGGAGCUAUCACCUUCCAUCAUGAGCAAGGCUGCUCCCUUAACAGCAGGUGCUCCAGCCCUCAGCUUCUGCCCUCAGCUUCUGUCACCUACUUCCAGCCAGUCAUGGCCAGUUCCUACACUUACCAACACUGUAGUGAAAGUCAGUUUUCAGGGGCUGCUGGCCAGAGCCAGAUGUCCUCUUUGGUUGCAUCCUGUCCAGGUAUUUGGCAGUGGGAUGGCAUGGCAGGCUCUGGAAGCAGGCAUCCACCAUUCGAGACCUUUACGGCGACUGUCACUAACCAGAGCACAACAGUUGUUUCCUCCUCUAGGCCUGCCCAUGCCAAUUCCAUCAUCCCCAUUUAUCCAUCGAUAUCUGGCAGCCUGGUUCAGCCAACACCAUCACCAUACAUUCUGAACCAAGGACACGGCUACUACCACUACAAUCAAAGUGCAGUGGGGCCUCUGGUAUCUGCAGAGCUUGGAGGACUGCAGUGUAUGAGUUUGUGUCACACACGGGCAGUGGAGCCACUGCCCCUCAGCCAGAGAUACUAUUCUGGAUCUGUGCAAGCCAACAUGGAAACGAGUUUCCAAGGGCUGUGCUGGUGUGAAGGGGGAGCAACUCACUUAGCAAAGACUGAUUUUUCCCUUGUUUCAUUUGCAGUAAAGGGAAUUUCCCCAGAGACAGAGACAUAUCUGGGAUGGCAAGCCGUGAGUCAGGCAGGGUUUGUGUCACAACUUCCAGAAAUCACAGAGUCCUGCAGUAGCAGAAGUACCCACUUGCUUGAGGGAAGCCCACCAACUGAGUCUGGGGGCAUUUCGGUGGGAGCUCCAGUGCAGAAUGCCACUCAUUCCUUGGCCUUGGAUUCAAGCUGGGAGCAACCAGAGAAGGAGAGCUGGGUUGAGAUGAGAAGUGCGGGCCUAGAGCCUCUGGGUGCCCACAAGAUCUUUAUAGGCACCCAAGAUCCGCUUUUACUUUCCUUAGCAUCCCCUGACUCUCCCAAGCUGCUGGCUUCCAUUGGGCAUCCAGUCCCUGAGAAUCCUGGUUCUGAAGAUGCCCUCUUGGCAAAGUGCCACCUGAGUCUUCAGGACCCAGGGACCCUUGACAAGGGGAUUGAGUCCAGCCCGGUGUGGGCAGAUGUUGAGGCCCUGGUAGAGAACAUUCAACUUCCCCAGGUGCUCCAGUCCUUGGAUGAUCUUGACCAGUCCAACCAGCCCACAGCCAUCAAAGCCCAAGACACUGAUGGCUUUGAUGAGAAUUGUGUGCAGGAAAACUCAGCUAUCACCAAGGGUCUUUCACCUAUGGUGAGGAAGAAGAAAUAUAAAGCUUCUGAGCCAAUCACUGGAGCUCCUGAGGCUAAAAUGCAGCUGAAGGCCCCCGAGAGCCUGUCAGGGGAAGAAGGGUGCAUUUUGACUGCAGCAGCCAGUGACAGGGCUCCCGUGGACACGGGUGAGAAUUCCUACAGAAAAUCUCCAAUGACAGCAUCCAGCAGAACCAACCAAGAUAAGGGCUAUGGGAAAGGGAGGGCUGAAAGAACCAAAAGUAACAAUGGCAAGAAAGCUCCUGAGAGGAAGCAGUCAGGGCCUAAGGUCAAGGUGGAAGAGAUGCCAACAAUUCCUAACAGGAACCACAAGAGACACCAACCUGUGACUGGCCAAGAGGUAUUUAAAAGGCCUCGCACGAGCCUAAGCAUGCACAUGCUGGAAUCUGUGCAGGUUUUCCACCCUUUAGGGAAGAAGUUGUAUAAGAAAGGUGGAAGCUUUUCCUCCCAGGCCCUGGGAGCAUCGGGUAUCACCAAAGAUCCCAGGUUAUCAACAAGCAAACCUUUGCCAGGGGUCCCACGUGAGGGGAAAAUCCCUCAUAAUGAUGCCCAGGACCCCCACAGCACUGCUGAAGCAGAGGCUUCAUCUGCAUCCCUGUGUGAGCUGCCACCACCUGGAUAGGAGAAGUUAAUACUGUUGCCUUUUCUCAGCCCAGCAAAGCCUCAAGCCCAACCCGUUUGCAGAAGGCCACAGCCUCCAGCCUCAAGGCAGCCCACUGUACGGACACCCCAAGAUGACAAAGACAAGUUUUCCCAUACCAUGAAAGGAACAAUUGAACCAACUCUGCAAGUCUUGCAAAGGAGAUCAUUGAAUGAGUCUGUGGACCACAACCCACCUUGA